AUGCACAACCCGACCUCAAGGUAUUACUUAGAGAAAGUAAACCUGAGUUUCGAGGAUUCAUUUUCAGUUGCAGCUAGUGUUGCCAAGGAUCUCGGCUAUAUAGAUGAUGCUUCACUGGCAACAAAGCGUGCAAUUAGUUAUAAUCCGAACAAUCCUCAAGUCUUAGCUAUAUUUCCUGAUUAUAAAAUCAUUGUAGAACGAAUUAGGAAGGUGAUAGAAGACUACGGCAAGCUAUUACAGAAAGAAACAGAAAAAACGACUAUUUGGAUGUCACUUGGUUAUUGUUAUUUAGCUCUUGGUGACUUUCCGAAUGCGUUUGCGGCCUGUUCGCAUAUAGUUAAGUUUAUAGAGACUCCAGAUGUUAAUUUUUCAUACCUUGCUGGCAUAGUUUAUGCCCAUUUUCGAUAUACAGAAUUUGCAAUACCAUAUCUAAAAAAUAUAUUACAGCUUACACCGAAUAUACAGAUUAGAAACGAUAUUUGCUUUAGAUUGGCCUUACUUUAUAGGUUGGUCGAACAAUAUCAACAAUCAAAUGAAAUACUUAUGUCUUUGAAGGAGAAUCUUCCUCAUGGAAUGUCUGAGGGCGAUAUGCAGUUACAGAUUGCAUACAAUUUAAGCCUUCAAGGACAGCCAGAACAAAGUCUUCAAAUUUAUCAGUCACUUUAUCAGCAACACCCAAAUAAUAUCGACGCAACUCGCCAAUACUUCAUUACAAGACUCAUCCUUUCGAACGGCACUAUGCUACAAGAACUACAACUCGAAUUAAAUGAUGCACUCCAAAGAUUCGGAUUUGAUCCUAGUUUGGUGCUUAUAGAUGCUCGUGUCAGCCUAAAGAUGGGUGAUUCAAAGCAAGCUUACGAAAAAUACAAAAAUUGUAUAGAAUAUUGCAGCGAUUCCCCUUAUUUCUGGAUAUCGCUUGGCAAUUUAUACUUCAAGAACCAACAGAUAAACGACGCGCUGUCUACUUUUCAACGCGCAUUAUAUAUAAGAUGCGAUAUCCCUGAACCGUGGCUCAAUAUAGGUUUAAUCUACGAGCUGAGGCAGGAUAUGGCAAAUGCAGGUAAGUUUUAUCAGACUGGCCUGCAAAAAUGUCCCAAUUGUAGAGAGUUCAACGAAAGAUUUACAAAUAUGAGGGCACAUAACUCAUACCAGCUGAAGGAAGUGUCUGAGGACAAAUUCUUCUUGCAAAUCCCGGAGAAAUUUGCUUCGGAUUAUUUGGCGUCAGUUCCGCUUAUUCCUGACAGUUUCAUACCUGAUAUGAAUAUGAGCGAACUGAGUGUACUCUCUACUUCGCCAAAGAGUGUAUUUGAAUAA